CUUUACUCUAAAGUGCUUUCGGAUUAAGGUAAAUAUUUUAUCUUCUUCCUCGAUCUUUAUCUUUUCCACCUUUGUUAGUAUUUUAAACUUUCAGACCUGGAGCUGUUAUAACCUUGCUGUUUUCAAUCUCUGGUCAUAUGGAAGCUGCAAUAUAGAUAAUGCUUGUGUAAACUACUAUUGAACAAUUAUUGCAACUCAGAAUUCCCAUAUUUUCACAGACUGCCGUCUUAUUCAGCAAAAUGACAAUUGUGGAGAAUUUACAAAAAUGUCAAUAAUAGGCCAAAAUAUCAAAUGUCUCCAAAUCUAUGUUUUCUCAUUUGUCCUAAUAACUGCAGAUAUUCUGUCAGAUCUCCACAAUUGUCAGUUUAAGUUGGCAAAUCAUUGUAAUUCUACAACUAGUGAUCUAACUUUUUUCUAUCUUUGGACAAUAGUCUUCAAGUUUUUAACAUGAUGAUCUGCUGACUAUACACCCUUCAGGUUUCAUUCAUGCUACAUUAUGUCACUGUGUACCCAAUAAUAAACUGACAGGUGAGAUGUGUCAGAAUAGGAUGUUAUUAGUCUGAGAUCAAGAGUUUUCUAUGAGCCGACACACCUUUAUCCAGGAUACUAAGUAGAUAUUGCUUAAUAUAAAUGAAAGGAUUAUUACUGUGUGACAGCAAGGCUAAACACAAUACUAUCUUGCUCACCCUGAUAGUAAAGUGUGACUUUCAGUUGAAACAAAGAUACAACCACAAUGCAACCUAGAUGCAAAAGAUGGAUGUUUGAGAGAAAAUACAGGAAUCUUACAGGGAGAGUAACAAAGUACCAUUACAUUUAUUGUAUUACAAAUAAAGAAGUUGAAGAGAAAGUUUUAUCAGUUUGAAAAAAUUCUAUAGGUCUCUGAGUUCCUGGAACUUUCGAGACAUGAUCGACAACCAUUAUUGGAAAUGAUCAACACAGCUAACACCGUGCUGUAACUAAACAAUACAAAACCGUGUCUAUGUAGUAGAGUUUUACGGUGUUGUAAACAGAACGUACUGUAUCCUUAACAAACAGUACAAUUCUCUCAAACAGGAGAGCAAACUGUUUAAUAAAUUAUUUAAAAUUCUAAAACGUAACAGUUCCUCUCCUGAAUACAAUAGCUUUAGGGAAGAUUUACUUUUAAUUUCUUAAAAUCUUAUUGUUACUGCAAUGGCAUGUCCUUACGUAUUAAAGGGUUUCUCACAUAUAGUUCCCCCUGAGAUGUCUGACGUUAUUGAUUAUGCUACCUAUACAUCCUUUAUAAUUUUAUAAAACCUUUGCAUUUGGUAGAAAGUCUUCUAGCCUGAUUGUGUACCAAAGCCACAGCAUGUACAGUUUAAAUACAAGCACAAGAUUCUUUGUGGUCAGCACACGCCCGGUACGUUAUGUUGACAGAGGCUGUAGCUGAACAAUGCAAACAUAAUAAAUGUAAUUUAUAAAGAAAUGGAGCGUUGGAAACCUACUUGAAAACAUUGCGCGCUAUGCAAUGUCUCACUUUUCGACUAGCUGUGAUCUCACACACAGAGCUGCUGUGAGCCGAAAGAAUAACAAAAUAUCGAAGGUGCUAAACACUUUCUAGUUUCAAGAACAUUGGUUAUAAAACAAACAAUCUCCAGUUGUACAAGUUUUAUUGGACGGAUAAGAACAGUAAAGAAAAAUACGCGACUGUCACAUGCAUGUUGAUGAGAAUUCAAUUUUAUUAUGAUUGCAACUAUUUACCAAAGAUUUGAAUCUUGACAAGUAUGGUAUUGACAAUUAAUAGAUUGUAAUGCUUUCCACAGAAACGGGACUCCUCCAGAACAACCAACAAAGAAUGAAUCUGAGUAGGAAGCUUGGGGAUAUGAAGCUCUCAAAAGUCACUUUCCAGGCAACAACGAAAGACCGUGACCCCACAAGAGCAAAAGAAGUAAGAUGCCAAAACCAUGGUAGUAUUUAAUUUAUACGGUUCUAGUGCUGAAGGUUGCCUAUGCCUGGUAUAGUGUAUAGAACAGAUUAACGGUCUGUUCUAGAGCCUCAUGACUGUUAUAUGCUUCAUAAACUUUCAGAGUUAUUCAUUAAGGUAUGAAUCGCUAGGAAUUCAAAGUAAAUUCUUUUUUAUUUUAUUUUUUGUCAAAGUAGCAAAUGUAAAACAUUGCUGACUUGGUCCAUUUUGAGUAUUUUGGCCUAAAAUGUUAAAUUAAUUUUGAACUCACUUUGAAUUGAGUUAUGCAAACCUACAAGGCACACAUGCACUUUGCAUAUCUAUAUCUGUGAAAGGCAAAUGUAAUGUCAUGAUAAAGUGUAUAUAUAUUGAUGUGAGCUCCAUAUACUUAGCUGGAAUCUGGACCACCGAUGCCUAAAUGUAUUGUUAUCUGUUGUACACUGUCUGACUAAAUAUCAUUACAUGUUACACUGCCUGACUAUCAUUUCAUGUUACAUUGACUCAAUAUCAUUCCAUGUUACACUGCCUGACUAUCACUACAUGUUACACUGCCUGACUAUCAUUUCAUGUUACACUGAACUGACAGACUGAAUAUCAUUCCAUGUUACACUGACCGAAUAUCAUUAUAUGUUACACUGAUUGAAUAUCAUUCCAUGUUACACUGACUGAAUAUCAUUCCAUGUUACACUGACUGACUGAAUAUCAUUCCAUGUUACACUGACUGAAUAUCAUUCCAUGUUACACUGACUGAAUAUCAUUCCAUGUUACACUGACUGACUGAAUAUCAUUUCAUGUUACACCGACUGAAUAUCCUUCCCUGUUACACUGACUGACUGAAUAUCAUUUCAUGUUACACCGACUGAAUAUCCUUCCCUGUUACACUGACUGACUGACUAUCAUUCCAUGUUACACCGACUGACUGAAUAUCAUUCCAUGUUACACUGACUGAAUAUCAUUCCAUGUUACACUGACUGAAUAUCAUUCCAUGUUACACUGACUGAAUAUCAUUCCAUGUUACACUGACUGACUGAAUAUCAUUUCAUGUUACACUGACUGAAUAUCCUUCCCUGUUACACUGACUGACUGACUAUCAUUCCAUGUUACACCGACUGACUGAAUAUCAUUCCAUGUUACACUGACUGACUGAAUAUCCUUCCCUGUUACACUGACUGACUGACUAUCAUUCCAUGUUACACCGACUGACUGAAUAUCAUUCCAUAUUACACUGAUUGAAUUUCAUUAUGUUACACUGAUUGACUAUCAUUCCAUGUUACACCGACUGACUGAAUAUCAUUCCAUGUUACACCGACUGACUGAAUAUCAUUCCAUGUUACACUGACUUAAUAUCAUUCCAUGUUACACUGACUGAAUAUCAUUCCAUGUUACACCGACUGACUGAAUAUCAUUCCAUGUUACACUGACUUAAUAUCAUUCCAUGUUACACUGACUGAAUAUCAUUCCAUGUUACAUCGACUGACUGAAUAUCAUUCCAUGUUACACUGACUGAAUAUCAUUCCAUGUUACACCGACUGACUGAAUAUCAUUCCAUGUUACACUGACUGAAUAUCAUUCCAUGUUACACUGACUGAAUAUCAUUCCAUGUUACACCGACUGACUAUCACUACAUGUUACACUGCCUGACUAUCAUUUCAUGUUACACUGAACUGACAGACUGAAUAUCAUUCCAUGUCACACUGACUGAUUAUCAUUCCAUGUUACACUGACUGAAUAUCAUUCCAUGUUACACUGACUGAAUAUCAUUCCAUGUUACACUGACUGACUGAAUAUCAUUCCAUGUUACACUGACUGAAUAUCAUUCCAUGUUACACCGACUGAAUAUCAUUCUAUGUUACACCGACUGACUGAAUAUCAUUCCAUGUUACGCUGACUGAAUAUCAUUCCAUGUUACACCGACUGAAUAUCAUUCUAUGUUACACCGACUGACUGAAUAUCAUUCCAUGUUACGCUGACUGAAUAUCAUUCCAUGUUACACCGACUGAAUAUCAUUCUAUGUUACACCGACUGAAUAUCAUUCCAUGUUACACCGACUGAAUAUCAUUCUGUUACACCGACUGACUGAAUAUCAUUCCAUGUUUCACCGACUGAACGAAUAUCAUUCCAUGUUACACUGACUGAAUAUCAUUCCAUGUUACAAAGACUGACUGAAUAUCAUUCCAUGUUACACUGACUGAAUAUCAUUCCAUGUCACACUGACUGAAUAUCAUUCCAUGUUACAACGACUGACUGAAUAUCAUUCCAUGUUACAAAGACUGACUGAAUAUCAUUCCAUGUUACACUGACUGACUGAAUAUCAUUCCAUGUUACACUGACUGAAUAUCAUUCCAUGUUACACCGACUGAAUAUCAUUCUAUGUUACACCGACUGACUGAAUAUCAUUCCAUGUUUCACCGACUGAACGAAUAUCAUUCCAUGUUACACUGACUGACUGAAUAUCAUUCCAUGUUACACUGACUGAAUAUCAUUCCAUGUUACACUCACUGACUGAAUAUCAUUCCAUGUUACACUGAAAAAAUAUCAUUCCAUGUUACACUGACUGACUGAAUAUCAUUCCAUGUUACACUGACUGAAUAUCAUUCCAUGUUACACCGACUGAACGAAUAUCAUUCUAUGUUACACUGACUGAAUAUCAUUACAUGUUACACUGACUGAAAGAACAUCAUUACUUGUUACACUGAUGGAACGAAUAUCAUUACACGUUACAAUGACUGACUAUCAUUACUGACUUUUGUGUGUGGUGUGUGUGUAGAGGAGUAUGAAUAUGGAUGUGGGUUGUGUGAGGGUAUGUUUUGCCUCCCCCCUUCCUUGCUAACUUUCCUUGUUGGUCCAGUGGAGGAUGACCUGGAUCCCUGGUUGUCCAGUUGAGGAUGACCUGGAUCAUUGGUUGUCCAAUGGAGGGUGACCUGGAUCCUUGGUUGUUCAGUGGAGGAUGACCUGGAUCCUUGGUUGUCCAGUGGAGGAUGACCUGGAUCCUUGGUUGUCCAGUGGAGGAUGAUCUGGAUCCUUGGUUGUCCAGUGGAGGAUGACCUGGAUCCCCCAGUGGCCUGACAGGAGAGCUUCAUCAUCUGUACCAAUACUAGUCAGUGACUCAAAUCACCAGUUGUGGUGCUCUGAAUAAUCGAGAAGUACCACAAGGGAGCUCAUAAAGUGUUUUGUCGCUGAUAUUGGUACAGACCACCAAGCCAUGCUCCACCAAUCAGUAUCUUUUCAUAGAGAUGCACUAAGUCAAUGCCUCUCUAUGGGGAGCGUUCAUGCAUAGCAUAGAGAUGCUGACCUUCAGUCCUGCAAUCUUCGCAGAACCGAAACCAGGAAUGCCCUCUAGUCGCUUUCUAAGUCACUACCACUAGAGGGGGCCUUAGGCAGUAGAGUAAACACUGCUUUUUAUCAGAAAAUGCAACAUUUACACUGCAAGUCAUUGAGAUGAAAUGGUCUAUAUGCCUAUAGAGUCCCUUAAGGCAAUGUUUUCAAACAUGUUUCCUAGUGUUACAAGACUUUUACAUUCACUGUUCCUUCAUUAGUCUGUGGUUAGGGAGUCUGUCCGUGGAGGGAGCCUUGCUUUACAUAUUGUGGGACUGCUCUAGAAUAACAAACUUCUGGCUGAAGGUGUAUGAUACUCUCAUUAAAUUGCUUGAUAUAAAAAAAAAAAUUAAAAAAAAAAUCUGUCAUAAUCUAAGUGUAACCAAAGCACUCCUACCCCUUCGGCCAGAGGCGCGUGCGCAUUCAAACCUGCCCAUAGGAAAGCAUUAUUCAAUGCUUUCCUAUGAGGAUCUUUUUUGACGCUGGAGGUCCGUGAGCACGUCCAGCCUCAAAUAAGUGCGAUUUACUCAGUGUAAAUCAGUGAGACAGCCACUAGAGGCUGAAUUAACCCUGCACUGUAAACAUAGCACUUACUGCAAUGUUUAUAAAUUUAUGAACAUGUGAAUUUAUUCCUUAGUUUAUUAGUGCAGAGUUAAAUCCUUUUUUUUUUUAUAGAUCACUUUCAUUUUACACCACCAACCACAAUAGUAGACUUGCUGCAAUCUUCUCAUUUAUAUUAGAACCCCUGGUCAUGAACUUAAACAAUUACACUGAGGGAAUUAUUUAAUAAACAGUUAAUUCUAGUUUAUUAAAAAACGAAUUUCAAAAUGUAAACUAAGCUAGGCAGCAAAGUUUGACAAUAUUUUAAAAUCAGCAAUAUUUCCUUAGAUCCUGCUAUUCGAUUUUCAAAUCGCUGCAGCUUAGAGGUUUAUAAAUAAAAACCUUAAUAAUUUGUGGUAGAAUCUCAUGCUUUCAACCACUUGAGAAUUCCAUUCUCCUAAAGUAGCAAUAUAUCAUAAAUGCUCGUGUUUUUUGAUGCCUUUUUCUGUUGCUGAUGGAGGAGUUUGCAAGCUGCUACAAAUAACCUUUAAUUAAAAAUGUAUGUACUCUGCCAUACAUUAAGACAAGACUGAUGUUUCCAGAAAUCAACUGAUUGAAAUACAUUUACAAACAGGAGGACUGAUUUCAUGGUAUAAGUACUUAUUAUAAAAACAUAUUUACAAGAACAACUAUCAAUAUGGCAAAUAUUCAAAACUGUCACAAUAAAAUCAUUUUACUGGAAGUGUACUGUAGAUACAGCUCUGCAUGCAUUGUGUUUAAAAUGAGAAUUUUUUUUUUGCAAUAGGAUCCUAUAUGUGCAUGUUUUUGCAAGUUUACCUAUAAAUACACUGAUGAGCCCCAACAUUAAAGCAGACCUAUCAUCCCACUCCGCUCCCCAAAAAUGAGUAUUUCAUAAAGAUAAAAUCUUAAUGAAAUACUCAUUUUGACUGUGAAAUUCCAACCCAAUUGAGAGAUAUAUAUGGACAUAGUAGGGACUUCUUUGUCUCUGUAUUUCUUCUCCAUCUGACUUUCUUAGACUCAGGGCGAAGCAUAUGUUUCAAUCCCAACGGAAUUGGCUGUUUCUAUGGAGGAUCCAUCCUACUGUCUCGCAGGAUCCUUUAUAGAGUUCAAUGCUGUACUCUUCCGCAUGACUUUGGCUCCUGACACUAAGGAGGAGCAGACCAAGAAAAAAGUCAGCGCCCUUUAUCUGCUCCCUUUCCUCCGGCCACUGGACCCCCUCCAGCAAUGUCAUCAUCGGGGGUCUUAGCGAAUUUGGCCUCAGACAGUGACAGUGCCGCUUUAAAACCACUGACAGGUGAAGUGAAUAACCUUGAUUAUAUUGUUACAAUGGUACCUGUAAAGGGGUGGAAUAUAAUAGGCAGGAAGUGAACAGCCAGUUCUUGAAUUUCAUUUGUUGGAAGCAGAAAAAAUGGUCAAGUGAAAAGAUCUGAGUGACUUUGACAAGGGCCAACUAUUGUGAAAGCUAGAAACUGGGUCAGCGCAUUUCCAAAAUGUCUGGUGGGGUGUUCCUGGUAUGCAAUGGUUAGUAACUACGAAAAGUGGUGCAAGGAAGGACAACUGGUGAAUCGGCAUAAGGGUUAUUGGUGCCUAAGGUUCAUUGAUGCAUGUGGGGAGCAAAGGGCAGCCUGUCUGGUCUGAUCAUACAAAAUAGGUACUGCAGACCAGUCAGAGUGCCGAUGAUGACCCCUGUCUACUGCCAAAAGUGCCUUCAAUAGGCACGUGAAUAUCAGAACUGGACCAUUAAGCAAUGGAAGAAGGUAGCAUUUUCUGAUGAAUCACGUUUUCUUUGAUAUCAGGUGGAUGGUUAGGUGCGUGUGUUUUGUGUACCAGGACAAGAGAUGGCAGCACAAUGCACUCUGGGAAGAAGGCAGGCCAGCAGAGGCAGUGUUAUAAUCUUGGCAAUGUUCUGCUGGGAAACGGGUUCUGGCAUUCAUGUAGAUGUUACUUUGACAUCUACUACCUACUUAGAGAUUGCUGCAGACCACGUACACACCUUUAUGGCAAUGGCCUUCCCUGAUGGCAGUUGCCUCUUUCAGCAGUAUAAUGCUCCCUGCCACACUGCAAAAAUUGUUCAGGAUUGGUUUGAGAAACAUGACAAAGAGUUCAAGGUGUUGCCUUGGCCUCCAAGUUCCCAAGAUCUCAAUCUGACUGAGCAUCUGUGGGAUGUGCUGGAACAACACAUCUGAUCCAUGGAGGCCCCACCUCGCAACUUGCCGGACUUAAAGGAUCUGUUGCUGAUAUGUUAGUGCCAGAUACCCUAGAACACGUUUAAAGGUCUUCUGGAGUCCAUGCUUCGACACAUGAGAGCUGUAUUGGCAGCACGAAGGGUCCUAUACUAUAUUAGGCAGGUCGGUUUAAUAUUAUGGCUAAUCCGUGUGUACAUUAAUGUGGGUGUACUGGACACUUUCCUUUAAAAUGCCUAGAUCAGAUAAGCCUGAGUUGCAAAUUAUCAAUGCUCCAUUUUGUUGGGGCCCUAAACAGUCUGAGCUGCCCUAAAUCUCAAAUUGGUGGACAUUAAGAUCAAACUACUCUGAUGAAAAGUAUUGGAACAGUGAGAUUGUGAUCACUUUGGCAUCAUUAAUGGCUCAUCAGCAGUCAUUGACAUGUUGAUUAAUAUAAAAUGAUAGAUUGUAGCAUAUCGCUAUAUGUCUAAAGCAAAUCAGUCUAACAGGAUAAUUGGCUAAAUGCCAAAUAGUAGUAAAUUGAUAUCAAAAUUGUAACUAAAAUAGCUGAUCUAAAAAAAUUCUCCAACUCAACUACAGUCACACCUAAGCUAUUUUAGCCUCAAUUUUGCAAGUCCAGUUGUAAAUCACUUGAAUUUGGAGUUGAGUGAAUAACACUAUAAGUAUUUGCCUCCACAUUUAGAUUAUUUAUUUUAACAGAAUCUCUUGAAGUCCCCAGGUUCUCUGGCUUCCAGAGGAAUUCCGAUCGUGAACUCUCAGCAAGAUGACAAAACCCAGAAAUCCGCAAAUACCAAACAAUCUCAACCACCCAUUAGUCUUAAGGGUCUCCUGACUGCUCAACGAAUUACAAGGGAACUUAAGGUAAAACUUAUACCAUUAUUUGCUGGCUGUAACCGAGUCUCAGAUUAAAUAUUAUGCACAGUUGUGUUAUGCAAAGGCUGUUUUGGGAAAUUUAAAAGAGUUUGUAUAGAUUACUCUAGCUAUGCCUUUAAUGGAACAUCUCACUUCCACCUGGUCUAGUUACUAAGUGAUAACAUGUGAAAUUAUAUUGCAGUGCUCUCAAAAAUGGAUUGCACUGCAAGAAGAGGAUGUGGGAGAGGGAUCUGUGCAUCAGAGUCAAAAUUUCUUGCUAUCGUACACCAUACAUUAGUAGAGUGAUCACAAGAAGCAGACUAGGGACUCUUAACUGGCCUUCUGUAGGUAUACAAUCUGCGAGCUUCCGGAUAAGAAGCAUCAGUCAGAUAACCAUAACCUUUUCCAUGAGUCCGAAGCGGUAUGAGAGCCACCGUCAGCUCCUCUGCAGACCGUGACUCCCCAUGCCAAAGUAGGCAAAUCUUCUUGAUAGUACUGCUACCCUGGCCAAGAGCACCGCCACUGCAAUGACGGAGGUCGUUGCCACCAUCAGCUCCCCUGCUGAAGUGGAAAGAUCCCCAUCUGCUCAGGUGCUGCAGUUCACUUUUUGAAAAGCCAAAACUACUCACCUGAGUGUCAGUGCCAGUACGGAAUGAGUGAAGAGAGUACCCUUCUGAAUUGACUCCCAGAAAAACUAAGCACGAUUUAAGCACCCAUGAAAACUGAUAAACAUGAUACUCUACUGUCAGUGAUCCAAACGGAAUGCUAAGUGAAUAUUGAGAUUUAGGUCAAAACAGCACAUUUCAAAACCCAGGAAUUGGUAACUUUGAAAUUUGUUGUCACUUUGAUUUUACAUUUCAGUGAAUAACGCCAACAUUAGCAAUCAUUUGAUGAGGUUAUCAGAGAGGAUUAAACUUGUCACAUUCUGUCUUUCAGAAUCGAGCAGCUUUGAGAAGAAAAACCAGAGCUCGAACACAGCACCGGAGAUCAGUGAUCAUCAUCAAUGAGCAGGUGAGAUGACUUUAUGUGCCCACUGCUACUAAAGUAAAAAUCCCAAGUGGAUUUUUCAGUUUGGCUACUCUACUGUAUUUUCCAAAGGUUCUUCUCUCUUAAUAUGUCCUGGAAGAGAGAGACAUUCAAUUAUAGUUAUGGUGUUUUUUUUUUGCAUUCUUUGUUUCUCAAAAAAAAAAACCACACAUCUGACAUCAGAAUGAUUUAUUGCAUGAUACUCUGUUAAAUGCCUGAUAGACUACAGACAUUUUAAACCACUAAUACACAUCUAAAUGCAAUCUAAUAGUGCACUUGCCACCAUACAAGAGUGUGUGCUUAACACCUUAUCCCAGGCAUUGUUCAAUGUACCUUAAACAAAUAAUCUUAGUACACAAAACUUUACUGGUCCAAUUUCUUUAUCCUUUCUUAUUCUGCUUUUUAAAGUGUGUAUUGUUCUUUUUUUCUGGUAGCGCUAUAUUAUAAAUUGUGGUCGUCACAACUCCACCUGUUUGAAGGAGUGUUGUGUUUGUCAUCUAUACAAAGGAAGUGUUCAAGUGCAUGUUUUAUGAGGAAUCAAUAACCGAGAAACGCAAGAAAAUGUAAAUGUAAACACGAGCUGCGUUCUACCAUUGCAAAUACCUUCUCAAAAGGCUAAUGAUGGCAAAGACAUAAACUUCAAUUAGAAUUUUGAAUCAAUGCUGCACACAUGCAGUUUAUAUCUUAGGUGACACAUUAACUUAAACAGGGAUAGAAACUAUGCCAUAAAUAUAUUGGCAUUUUAGCCAAUAACAUCAUAGUUUGAAUUCAAAUAACUGCACACAUGAGAAUAAAGUAAUGGAUGCCUCUUGUAUGCCGUGAAAUCCCUAUUUACCCAAGCUAGAAAGGUAAAAAUAUCCAGACUACACAAUAUAUACAUAUUUGAACUCAUUGAAAUAUAUAUUAUUUUAUUUAAAUUGAACAAUUUGAACAUUGUCGUCUCUAUUUACAUGCAUUUAAAAAAAAACAAAAAACAAGAAAUUCUCCAGUGAAGACCAGAGAGUACUUUGUAAAAUAUCAAAUAACAUUUCUAUAUUCUGUGCUAUUUCUGCAACAGACUAAUAUUCUCUUACUCUGUCAAGGAUCUUAAAUGAGAUUUAACUAAAGCUGGACAAGGUAUUUUACAAGUUGUUUAUUAGACCACGCCAUUAAUAUAUUUUUUUGUUAUGCACGUCAAGAAACCAGAGAAAAGGAAAAAAAAAAUUAUUUAAUGGAGAAACUCCAAGAUACUAAGUCUGAUGCAUUUUGGACACAGUAUACCAACAAAUAUGUCUCUCAAAAUGCAUCUUUUUUUUUUUAUUUUGCUUUCUGGACAUUUAGAAAAUGUUUAAUUUCAAUAAAUAUGAUGUGACUGGACCAUUAUAUUAUUAUUUAUAAAAAUAUAUAUUUUUUAUCCUAGGAAGGAUAUAAUUGAGAUUUAAUCAUUUUCAAGAAUAUUUUUAAGAAUGUUCUGGGAUUUGCAUCUUCCCACUGUCAUGAAGGAGUUUAAAGCAAAUGUAUUUUAACUUUAAAGGGGAAUUUUAAACACCAUAAACACUACAGACUGUUGUAGUGGUUAUAGUGCUGGCAUGUUGUGGUUGUUGCCACUGGUUCUAUGUCAAAGUGUUUUUGAAUGGUUUGACAUAAACCAAGGGUCUUCCAGGUGACCCAGCCCCUUGUUCACCAGAUUGGUAAUUUGUAAAUUCCACUUCAGUGACAAUUUACUUUAAAUUUGGAUGGAAUUGAUUGGUUGAGCACGUCAUCUGAUCAGAAGUCCAUCUGUACUUUUCAAAAUUACAGUGUAACUUCUGCAAGCAAUGACAGACCACAGACUGCUCGGGGACCCUUGCUUUUUGUCAAACUGCUCAAAAUCAAUUUGACACAAAACCGGGGAAUGAUACAUGUAGCCUUCUAGCACAACUGACUACAGUGCUUAUGGUACUUAGUACCUUUAAUACAGUUCCUCCAUAUAACACAUGUGUAACAUAUUAACAUAUAUGAGAAAAUCAGUAUGCUAAAUCAGAUAAUACCAAUUUCGUGGAUUAUUUGAGUGAUCUGGAGAAUCACCUGUCCCCAUUGCACUCCGAGAAAAUUAGGUGACUUUUCCAAUUGAAAUAAGUAUAACCUGUGAGUACUUUUGAGUUUUGUCUCUUAUACACAGGCACCAGAUACCUCUGCUAACCCCUCGCAGAAGUUCCCACAUACCCAAGCAAAAGAGCUCAUCGAUGACUUCUUAGAAACAAAGCUCAGAGACGUGAUCUAUGACCCAGAUUUGUGCGCUCAUCUCACCAAAGACUUGUGUGAAGAUAUAAAAAGAAUGGUACGCAGACUAACUCCACCACGAUACAAACUGAUCUGCAAUAUGGCAAUUGGAAGUAAAAGUCAAGAAGACGUUAUUGUAACCAGUCAGUGUCUGUGGGACUCCCAUUCUGACAAUGUUACCUCCUGCAGCUAUGAGAACCGUACAUUGUUUUGUGUCGUUUUGGUGUAUACAGUGUAUUUUGAAUAGUGCAAUUCAUUUCUCCAACUGCAACUUCUAGGGGGCCACAGGUUGGACAGACCUGAUGUAAAGGGUAGCAAAGCAAUACGAUACAAAACAUUGAAUCUUUUCAGUUUUAAGUCUCUACAAAAUAAUAUUAUUCUUGCAACUGAUGUUUUAAAUGUCUAAAUAAAAUAUACCUGACCUCAUGUGUCUCCAGCAUUCUUACAUUACAUAUAGAUACAUUAACUUUUCCUUUAAUGUAUGAUAGUGUCAUGGAGCCAAGUUCUAAUGUUUGUUCAUCCGGUUGCGGCUGGCCCGCCCACGCUCUGGCCCUUGGCUGAGAUGAUCAAACUUGAUGAUCUUAGCCAAUCCAAUACUUUCCCAUAGGAAAGCAUUGGGAGGCUAUCGCACAUGAGCGGCAAAACACAGCGCUGCCAAUCAGCAUCUCCUCAUAGAGAUGCAUUGAAUCAAUGCAUAUCUAUGGUGAAAGUUCAGUGGUGCGCCCUGUGCACUACUUUCAAACUUAAGGCCAAGGAAGCCAAACUGGUAACAUAGAUGACUUAGAGAAUGGCUCUAGUGUGGCUAUUUUUACACUUUGAAUUCUCACUUUGGUCAAAAACCCUGUUAGUGUGAACAAUGCUAUCCCUUCAGUUUGCGUGCAAAACUGAAUUACCUGUGAAUCAAGUGGUUUGUUUGGCUUUAUGCACAAGGUUAGCAGAGCAGGCCCAGUCUCACACUUCAUAAAACCUGGGUAAUUAAUCUGCAGCUGCAUUUCAGUAAUUAAGUGUAGAUAAAGCUAGUGGACCAGCCAGCCUCAAUUUAACCCACAUACUCUUACACUCCAAGUGGUUCUUCUUUGCUCAAAUAGGUCAGAAGAAGGCUGUAUGCUGCAAACAAUGUUAAGUCAAAAUGCCCAAAGCACCGUUGUUCCAAUUAAAAUAUGUACAAAACUUAAAACAUACAUAUUACAAAACACUCCAAACAUUCACACACAAACUCAUGGUCUAUCUCAAUAGAACAAUGAACUUAAAAAAAAAAAAAAGUAUUUUCCAAAAAAAAA